GGUCUCCACCCUCCCUCCCUCCCUCCUGUAUAAACUUGGCCAAGAAAAGCAACCGGAGGGAGGAGAAAGGCAAGGGAAGUGGGAAGGUAGGAGAGAGAGAGGGAGCCAGGGAAAGCUCUCUUCUUUCUUCCUCCUCCUCUCGAAUUCCGUCUCUGGUCUCUGUCCUCCUCGCCCGGUUUCCCCCGUUUUUUGAGAGGGGAAAGAGGAGGCGGAGGCGGAGGAGGGAGGGAUGGGGCGGGACGAGAGGUUCCCGGUGUGGGAGGCCGCGCUCGGCGCCGGGGUCGCCGCCGCCUUCGCCGCUGGGCUCGUCGGGGUCUACCUUUCCAUGCCGGACUCCGACUACAGCUUCCUCAAGUUGCCACGUAAUCUCGAGGAACUCCAAAUCCUCACUGGCCAUCUUGAGAACUAUACUAGUGAUUACACCCUACAGGUGUUAGUAGGUUAUUGCGCUGUGUACAUCUUCAUGCAGACCUUCAUGAUCCCAGGGACAAUAUUCAUGUCUCUGCUUGCUGGUGCUCUAUUUGGGCAACUCCGGGGCUUGGCCCUGGUGGUCUUUGCUGCCACUGCUGGUGCUUCUUCGUGCUAUUUCCUGUCGAAGAUGAUUGGGAAGCCACUGGUGUUCACACUGUGGCCAGAUAAGCUCAGCUUCUUCCAGAGACAGGUUGCUAAAAGAAGAGAGAAGCUGUUGAAUUACAUACUUUUCCUCAGGGUGACCCCAACGUUGCCAAAUACUUUCAUCAACUUAGCUUCACCCAUAGUAGAUGUCCCCUACCAUACAUUCUUACUGGGAACUCUCAUUGGUCUUAUCCCAGCUGCUUAUGUGACUGUCAGGGCUGGAAUUGCUCUAGGAGAGUUAACUUCGCUGAGUGACCUUUACGACACCCAGUCUAUAGCACUGCUAUUCCUGAUCGGUGUUGUUUCAGUCACACCAGCAUUGUUGGGCAAGGACGAGGCACAAGAAAAACCAUCAGAAAUGGUGGUAGGCGCGUCAUGAUCACCAAAGCACCGAGAGGUGUCCACCUCACCUGUAUAUAUCAACAUCCAGCAUGCAGUGGCUUCAUUAGUUCGGAUCCACAGGCCCUUGUGGCUGGAUGACAGAACUGGUUGGCAUGGCUACACAGCUUGGCGGGUCCUCGGCCUAAACUCCGUCGCACCGCCGGCCUACAGAGGCACCUGUGUCACCAUCAUCAGAACAUGAUUCGGUGGCCAUUCACCACAUUAUGAAUGAAUGAAUGAACCUGGGAAGCAGAAUGCCCGUUAGACAAGCUGCUCUUAUGUGUAAACGAGUAGUGCUGUUCGGAUAGAACAGGCAUUUAGUCCAAUCCCUGUAUAUAUAGACCAGAUUCAUUCAAUCCAUAUUCAGUGGUUCAAAGAUC